AGAUUAGCGAACAGCGGCAAGAUGACAGAUGUCGAGGACUCGGCGGUGAACGACUUCUUACUGAUCCUCGAGGAGCACCGCAAGAACUGUGAACGACAGGGCAAAUAUGUGGAGGCUGAGAUCGCCAAGAACCGCCUGGAGGAGCUAAAAGUGCACGAGGAAACCCGACGAAGAGAAGCGAUGCGCUCGCGACAGAUCGCCGAGCGCCUGGGGGUCGAAGAGGCGCAUAUGCUCGAGUUCCAGCAAUUCAAUCAGGUCUGGGAUAGAAAAAUGGACGAGUACGAGCGCAACGUCGAGGAGCUGGUUGUUAAUAUGAGAGAGAAACACAAGUCUGAACUACUGGAGUUCCAACAGAAACUACUGGAGAAAAACCAGAAGCCAAAGUUCUCCAAGGACCUGCUCAAUCUCCGACGAAUUGAAGAGCAUCUCGCUCGGCAAAAAGAUUAUGGCGAAGCACACAAGAUCAAGUUGAAAUCGGACGCUUUGGAAGCCUGGGAGCUCGAAAAGUGGCGCAACCUCAAGCAGCAGGAGAUGUUCCAGCGCGAAGUAACCUUCAAGCAGCGACAGAAACAGGAUCUGGACGCGCUUCAGAAGCGCAUUCAAUCAGGAAGAGAGGAACAGAAGAAACAGCGUCAGAUCGACCUCGAAAGACUCUUACAGCGGUACCAGAAUGUCAAGGCGGAGCUGCAGCAACAGCAAAAUUUGGAGAGAAUCCGACACGAGAAGUUUGCGCAGCGAGCAAAAUGAAUUCGCACAAGAACAGUUGAAACCCAGCUAAUUAUCUUGUAUCACUAAGAAAAAAACUCAUUCACUGCUAGUUAUGGUUCAAAACCACUGCGCUUGUCCCUAUGUAAUAUCUGCGAUCAUUUUUCCCAUGUCGGAAGAGCUGCGAUCUUCAUGUGUAGCAGCAUUUUGACUGUUUUUUUUAGUCUCGUCGAACCGCCUUGAAGGCCUUCUUGUUCUGGAGCACCAUGUAGACCAUCGGCAGUACCACGCCCACGAGCAUGAUCAAGAAACCGGUCACGUACGCGCCCGAUACGUACGACACGGACACCUCGACUUCGUCCAUCUUCG